AAAAUAUUCUUGUUCACCUAUUGCGCGGUAGUGGGCUCACGGCAACCAAGAUCAAAUCACAAUUUCACGAGUUAUAUACACACAAUAAUUGAACAUUUGAAUCUUCGAUGACUUACUGGCGACGUUUGCUGACACUCUUUCCUGCUCUCUACCUUCAAAAUCAAAUUGAUGUUUUUAACGAACUAUUUGUGGUAGUAUAUUAGUAUCAUUUAGAAUUUUCUCGAUGCUCCGAAACGCCCGCCUUUCAUUCUAUACAACAAAGAGAAUUUAGAAGUGACCUUCAUACAAAGCAAGAAGUAUGCAUUUCGUUGUGCAUCAUCCAUGGAGGAAUAUAGAAUAUUUUCGUUCAUGCAUCAUCUCUGAAAAGUAGACGGAUUGAAAUUCCUUGAUUUUGUGUUCAUAAUCUUUGGAAUAGGUGAACACUGUGUGUCGUGGUGCAAGGUUGAAGCUGCUGUCAUAUUGUGACUCGUGUCUAGUAUCGUUUUAAAGAAAAACGCUAAUUGUAGUCUUCUUUCACUAUGACAUCAAAAGUUACCUUCAAAAUUACGCUUACCUCGGAUCCAAAACUACCAUUUAAAGUGUAAGUGUUGUUUGGAUGGAUGUAUUUGCAGUAUGUUUUAACUUCAGGGCAGCAUCUAGCACUCAGUCCAGAGCUCUGCUCACCCAUGGAGGGAGCUGUAAGUUCAACUCUAUGGGGAGGGUUGUACAGAGUACGACAUAAAAUUCUUCAAUGAUCUGAAGACUUGUUUAAAAUGAAUUUAUACAGAAAAUGGGCGACGCCCAGGACAAAAUUGAAGAGUUGAUGAGAGUAUUUGAUAAAGUUUUGGAAUUUUGUGAGAAUAGUUCGUUAUUGGAUGAGGCUUCUGAAAGUUAUAUAAAAGAAAACUUUGCAAUGGCGGCUUCUGUGGAAAAAUUUUAUUGUAAAUUGCAGCAGACUGGAUGUAUUGAUGCAAUGCAAACUAGUGUGUCGAAUCAUUGGGAACGAAUGGGACGUAAUGUCCCAUCGGAAGUUGCAGUAUUUGAAGAAGCGUGUGAUCAUCUUCUAACUGCAUGUUUUCGACAUCCAUCUCUGACAUGCAGAAACUUGUGUACUGCAGUGACAGAAUAUGAACGCUACUGUGGUAGUGAUAGAUUACAAGAACUUGUGGUAUAUUUGCUUCGUGAGGGCAUAUCAUGUCAACUGUUGCACACCUUGGCAUCAGCUCCACCAAGCCUUGUAUCAGCAGUGUAUUUAGGGUGGUGCAGUAUGCUAGAAUGUGGCCAGUCUUCAAAGGUGAAAACUUUGGUUACCUCAACUUUGAGUCAAAAUCCUACUUAUGUCAGCUCUGUUCUUAGAGUGAUUUUGAAACCAAAUGAAGAAGAUGACAACACUUCACUGAAAACACUUCUUAUAGACUGUGUAGUGGCAAAAAUGAGAGAAGAAAAUUCUAGAGAGUUUUGUUUGUGCCUUGUAAACUCGACUGAUGUAGUAGUUUUGGUGUCAGUUGCUAAGAAUUACCCCACAUUUUUGACUGCACUUCUUGAGAGUCUUGAAAUUUUAGCAAAUGGGGCAGAGUAUCAGUGUGAGCAGGUAGGAGGAGGUAUUAAAUAUUCUUGGAAAGAACUGGGUUUCCCAUUGAAUCUUGUGCAGCAGUUGUGUAGAUGCGAGGGACCUGUAGGCUCCCGUACUCUUUCUUGGCUGACAAUGCUUCAGUCAAGACCAGGCUGCUCUUUGUGGGAAGAUGUGGCUGCAUGCUGUGGCGUGUGAAGUAGGGCUCUGAACUGAGUGCUAGCUAAGGGUCAAAUCAAAGAAACAUGUACCUGACUCUAUUGGUCCACAGGCUGAGUGUUCCUGAAAAUACACCAUUUACGGCAGUUCUGAAAUUUGCUGCUGAAGAAUUUAAAGUACCUCCUGCUACAUCAGCUAUUAUUACUGAUGAUGGUAUAGGCAUCAAUCCCCAACAGACUGCAGGCACUGUGUUCUUGAAGCAUGGCUCUGAACUGAGAUUGAUACCCCGUGAUAGAGUGGGAAAUUGUUAUUUCUGCAACAGAAGAAUGAUGUCUACUCUUCAUAGUAUUAUUCAGAAACAAAAUCAUUGCACAUCAUCAAUUAGUAAUCAAAUAAAUAAAAACAAAGGUGAUAAUGAAACAAUAAACAAAAUUACCCUCAUAAGUGUAGGAUCAAGCAGAAACAUACUGCACUUGUAUAGAAGUAACUUAAAAGGGCGAACCUUUGUGUAGACACCAAUGGGAACUGUAGAUGACUAAUGACAAAUGCCAAUUUUUUGUUUCACAAAGCUUGAUCUAGCAGCUUCUCUGGUGAGUAUUUUGAAAUAUAAAAUUGCCACAAGCUACCC